AUGGAACAGAAGUCUAAGAGUGAUCUGAAUCUGACGGCGAGAAAUCUCUUGUCGAUCCAGCGUAUCGAUCCGUGUGCUGUUGCGAUUCUUGACAAGGCCACUCAUGCUGCUAAGUAUAAUUUUGAUGUAACGGCUAAGGCUUGGACGAGGACUUAUAUUGAAGGAGCCUUAUUUAUCAUUCAAAGGGCUGACAAGCCCUAUUUUAGUCUCAUCAUCGCUAACCGCCAAUCAUUGGACGACAUGGUAGAACCGGUUAAUCCCCUUACAAAGAUGAACAGUGAAGGCCACUAUUUGUUUUUCUGUAAACCCGACAAUCAGAUUUACGGAUUAUGGUUUUUCUCUGCUGAAGACUGCGCCCGUUUGUACAAUCUACUCAAGAAGUUACAAGAAGAUAUAAAAGCUGGAAAGAUACCUACGCCACCUAAAAAAGAUGAAAUGAAUUACUUGCCCGAAUCAGUUGCACCACCAAGUGAGUCAAACCAGCUUCUCGAACUUUUGAAAUCUACUCAGCCAACUUCAUCCGCACAGAGUAAUCACCGAGAGAAUUUGACGCGUCCCACUUCUGCUACGUUAGAGAAGUCGGACAAGGAAAGAUUUAAACAAAAGGAAGAGGAAGUUCGUGAAACAGCUGCUCCAGUGUCAGAAAUGCCAGUCUUGCUUCAGAAGCUUAUGAUACAGGAGCAGCCGAAACUUAUUUCAAAAGCAGCGUCGACCAUGUUAACGUCAGAGGAUCUUGAAAAAGAUCUACUCCGUUCAGCGAAACCGAAGCACACUCAAGUGCAGGAUAUGUUGACAUCCACUUCAGCCGCUUCUUUAGCGGCACUGUCAAAUCGUUCUGUUCAUGGAAGUGAUGGUGAAGCUGAUCCGAAUGAUGUUGACUCGACAGUGAGCAGUCGUGUUGUUGCGGAUGAUUCGAUUUUCACUGUCGGAUCUGGAUCUACUACUCCUCCUCUCAACAAAUUGCAGAAUGCUUAUAUUUAUCAAGAUCGACUUUCCAUUAACAUCGGCAUUGAUCAAAUCGAUGACAUUCAAGAUGAAGUGAAAAUCCUCAAGCAGCAGCCGGCGCCACACGCAAAGUUCGAAGAUCUUUGUGUAGAUGAUAGAUGCGAGGAAACGAAUCGAAUCUGUGAAAUGCGAAGAUCCGCAUAG